AUGGCAACCAACGACGAUGCAACCAAACAUUUCUUUCCUCCCAUGCAACGCUCAACAAAAAAAUCCUCUCGUAUUAUGAAAAGAAAACCUGCAAGAAAAAAUUCGAUACCAACGCAUUUCCGAUUUGGUGGUAAUCGAAAAGAUCCACUCAAUCUAAAUGCACUUAUUGAAAAGAAAAAACAAUCCGCUGCAGCAGCAGGAUCAUCAUCAUCUAUGACAAAUGCAAACAAUGAUAAUUUAGAUAAUGGUAAUGAUCGACCGGUUGAAAUUUUACUUCAACCCGAUAUUUUUGAUCCUCUUCGUCUUGAUACUACUUCACGUAAUGAUGAUGAACUAAAUACUCUUUAUUCUAUUCCAUCAAAUAGUACGAAUGAAGCAUUCGCUCAUAAUCCAAUGACAUUUACAAAUCGAAAAAAUCGUUACGGAAAAAAACGAAGACAUUCACUACCGCCAAGGUAUGGCAAUUUUCAAGGUUAUUAUGGUUAUCGACAACCGAGUCAUGAUCAACGAUUACAAUACCUCGAACAAAAUUGGUUUCAAAAUAAACAAGUUUUAGAUAUAGAUGAUGAAUACCCAAUUACACCAUCUUUCGACUGA